AAUGAUAUGAUAUAUAUAUAUAUAUAUAUAUAUGUGAGGUGAGUCGCACAAAGUAGGAAUAUAUCUGCGACCAAUCUUGUUUAUCAUAUCAUUUGUAACGAACACCUGUGAUCUGAUUGUAUCUUCUUACAAACAGACAUGACGUCACGGGUAUUCCCGGUGUAUUUUACUUCCCGUUGUGUUAGGGAGCUGUUUACGGAACUCACUCGUCAGUUGUUAAUGGCUGAAUGUAAAACGUUCCUAUGAUGGCAUACUCAGCCCAGACGUCUUGUCGUCCGUUCGGGAGUAACAAGUGUCCGUCACACACGGGCCAGGAAGUUUCGUUUGUGUGUAUGGACUGUGACAGCCUGGUUUGUAUGCGUUGUGUCACCUCUAAGGAUCACAAAGGUCACGUUUUUGAAGAUUUGGGAGACAUAGUGAAAAAGGAAGCAGAUAAGUUGAAACACAACCUCAAAAUCAACGAGGAAAACUACCUUCCUUCGAUAUUAAAAGGUACUAGUGAUGUCGAAAAGGAGAUAGCUAAAAACAAGGAGAAACACAGAGAAGCAUCUGAUUUGAUCAAGUCUAGAGUACGUGAAAUAAAGGAGGAAGCUGAAAAGCAGGGGGCUAUUCUGAUUCAGGCAUGUACAGAGAACGAGACGAAGAAUCACAUUCGAUUGCUGGAGUGUCAGACAACACGUACGGACCAGCAAAGAGAAUGCCAGGACCAAAUUACGAACAUCAAAAAGACACUUCAGUCAGGAACAGAGAUUGAGGUGUUUGACUUGAAGAAAUGUACGGAUAAAACAUAUAUUUUGUGCCCGAUGCAUUCUCUGGAGCUUGUUACAUAUCAACCUCGUACAUCUGCACCUGAACUGGUCAAGCAGGCUUUGGGAUCUUUGGAUAAUCCAAACACUGGCCAAGCAUAUAUCGGACGUCCGGUUAACGGCCAAGCAUAUGGGGGACAACCGGUUUACGGCCAAGCAUAUAUCGGACGUCCGGUUAACGGCCAAGCAUAUGGGGGACAACCGGUUUACGGCCAAGCAUAUGGGGGACAACCGGUUUACGGCCAAGCAUAUGGGGGACAACCGGUUUACGGCCAAGCAUUUGGGAGACGUCCGGUUUACGCCCAAGAACGGGAUAAACCUGAUAUUAACGCCCAAGAACGGGAUAAACCUGAUAUUAACGCCCAAAAACGGGAUAAACCUGAUAUUAACGCCCAAAAACGGGAUAAACCUGAUAUUAACGCCCAAGAACGGGAUAAACCUGAUAUUAACGCUGUAGAACGGAGGAGGCACCGUGAGGUUAACAAUCCAUAUCCAGGAGUACCGGGCUACCCCCCACCACCAAACAUUCUUUAUCCAAAUCAAGGUGCAGGGGGCGGCUACCAAGCACAAUACAAACCUCUUCGUGACCCAGGUGAACAUGAUUGCUAACCGGAGACUAUAAGUAAGUUUUGAAUUAUCAUUUGUUCUACUUUCAACUUAUCAUUCAUAUGAAUAAAUGUUUAAAAGGAUGUCGACAUAUUUUGAGACGCAUAUUCCGAAAUAAUUUUCAUCUCAGUAGACCUGUAUUUUGUAGACCUGUAUCUCCGUAUCAUAUCAAUGACCGGAUAUAAUAAAAGUGUGUUU